AUGCGUGAUGCCCGCCUUGAAGGAACAGCAGCGGGAGCAUUUGGACCACUGGGUAAUUUAGACUCUCCCGUUAAGCUCGCCACUUUCUUUGAAGCAUUAAGCAUGCCGAAUGAUUGUGCCAAUGCUGACGCGGAUGAAGUUCCCACUGUACGUGGCGUGGAAAACGCUGGAUGGAAGGGCAUAGAGGUGACCACAGUAGGACUUGUGGACGUGGGCGGUCUGCUGGGCAAUUCCGUGCAUGGAUUUGACGGGGUACUGCGUGGGCUUUCGGAUCCAAUUACUUUACGGUGUUUCUCUGAAUAUGGUGGAACCUUUCCGGCUGUGCCGUUGGAUAUACCUGAUCCUAAAGGUGUUUCUUUGCUAGCCGUGGAAUCCGUUGGCAUGGGAGGUGAUUGCUUUGCCGUGGAGGAAGUAACAACUGUGCCAUUGUUUAUGCUAUGCCCAUCCGUUUUUGAAGGAGAUCCGAUGAUAUCUGUCAUUAAAGUUUGUGAAACACACUUGUAA